ACCGCGUACGGCUUCCACGAUGUUACCAACACACGCAUACACACACUAAUGAGAUUCGGAUGAGUCACAACAAAUCGCAGCGUAGCAAAGAAAAACAAUUGAGCUCUUCUACAGGAAAGACCUAUCCAAACUUGUUGUGCGUUGUACAAAGUUAAGUUUUCGUUAGUUUGUUCAUCAGGGGAGUACGAAAACCUUGCAGGAACGAUGGAGUGGCUUUUCGGGAAGCGCAUGACCCCGGACGAGAUGAUGCGGAAGAACCAGCGGGCGCUAAACAAAGCGAUGCGAGACCUGGACCGGGAAAAGAUGAAAAUGGAGCAGCAGGAGAAGAAAAUCAUCGCGGACAUUAAGAAGCUGGCGAAGGAAAACCAGAUGGAUGCGGUGAAAAUUAUGGCCAAGGAUCUCGUCCGCACCCGCCGCUACGUGCGAAAGUUUAUGCUGAUGAAGGCCAACAUACAGGCCGUGUCGCUCAAGAUACAGACGCUGAAGUCGCAGAACGCGAUGGGCGAAGCGAUGAAGGGUGUCACGAAGGCGAUGACGAACAUGAACCGCCAGCUAAACCUGCCACAGAUCCAGAAGAUACUGCACGAGUUCGAGAAGCAGUCGGAGAUUAUGGACAUGAAGGAGGAGAUGAUCAACGACGCGAUGGACGAUGCGAUGGAGGACGAGGGCGACGAGGAGGAAACGGACGCAAUCGUGUCGCAGGUGCUGGACGAGCUGGGUCUGCAGCUAACCGAUCAGCUGUCCGGAUUGCCUCAGGCUUCCGGUUCGUUGGCAGUGUCCGGAACGAAAACUCCUCAGGCAGCGGCAGUCGGUGCGGCCGGUGGGUCUGGUGGUGGAGCCGGAUCUCCCGUUUCGGACGCGGAUGCCGAUCUGCAGGCACGGCUGGACAAUCUCAGACGAGAGUAACGAAGUACGCACGUCUCCGUAGGUACGUUUGUUAUGUUGUGCCGGACUGUGUUCCUCGCACACGCAAAGAGCGAGAUGCGAGAUGAAAAACGGCAUUACGUCUCAGAGAAGUGCGAGGUGUGUUAAGUCAUUAAGGACGAUAUUUUGUUUUGCGUAUGUAAGUUUAUUGUCUUUUAAAUCAUAAGUUGUACUCGCCUACCUUUUCCUUCUGCUGAACGUGAACGACGCGCGUGAAUGUAAAUAUGAGAAUAAGAUAAACGGAAGCGGUUCGACCACAAACUUCCCGACCAAUUAAAUUUCUCAUCGCAUAUGCAUUAUGGUAAAACUUUGUUGAAAGUUUAGUUUUGCAUCCCACACGUUCACACAAUGUGCUUUAUGUGUUGUCGAAGUUCCGUACGAAUAAAAUAUACAAAUUGAAGCAGAAUGACGAUAA